GUCGAGGGCAGCAGAUAAAAAGUUUGUGUACACAUUUCUGUUUUCCAGUUUAGAGGACUAUAACAUUUCCGUAACGUCAACUAUUUUAUCUUCUUUAGUGUGAUCCAGUCUGAAUGCUGGAUCACUAUGCUCAAAAAAGAAACCAUGAAGAAGCAAUUUUUACGAGUAAAACAGCUUGCUAACCAGAACUUCGGAAGAGCUGAAAAAUCUGAAGUGCUCAGUGAUGAGUUAUUGCAAUGUGAGAAGAAGAUAGAAACACUGAAACAUGUGUCACACAACACAACUAAGAAACUGUCAGCAUGUUUACAAGGACAGGGGCAGGAUUUUGAUAAAAGACUGAAAAAACUACCAGAUAGCCAUUUAGCUGCUAGUAUGAUGGAGUCAAGCCAGAUGCUGGGCAACAACUCCAUACUUGGGUCUAUGCUGGCCACAUGCGGAGAGUGUCAACAGAACAUAGCCAAAGACAAAACUGUGUUUGAAAUGGAGGUAGAAGCUAAAGUACUUGAACCACUAAAUAAAUUAGCAGAGGUUGACAUUCCUAAUGUCUAUGCACAGAAAAAGAGAUUAGGUAAAGCUACGCUAGAUAUGGAUUCAGCAAGAUCAAGACACUUAUCUGCAGUAAGAGCUACAACCGCUGGGAGAAGUAAUUUGCCAGAACAUGUGGCUAAAAUAGAUCAGCUUAAAGAAGAGAUGGAAGAGGCUAGCAGUAAAAUGGCAUCCGCUAGAGAUUCCUAUGUAACUGACCUGUUGGCAUUGCUAGCAAGAGAAAGUGAAUAUUCAGAAAAGUUAGUGGAAUUUGUAGAAGAACAGGCAAAGUAUCACAAGAAUGCUGCAGCCAACCUUGACCAAUUGAUACCUGCCAUGAGAGCAUUGCUCUUGGAAAACCCCCAGCAGAAAGUGUUUGGCACAGAAUUGGUGGACCACCUACGAGUGGCAGAAAGAGAAAUAGCAUUCCCCAUUGAAGCCUGCUGUGAAGCUAUUCUACAGAUGGGUGUGGAAGAAGAAGGUUUAUUUAGAAUUGCUGGUGCAUCAUCAAAAGUGAAAAAACUUAGGGCAUCAUUUGAUGUUGGUAUACCUGACAUGGCUGAUUUCAUUGAGAUAGGACAGGUUCAUGCCAUCACAGGUAUGAUACAAUGUCACAAUAAUUAA